GCAGGCGCAGAGAGCGCGAGGCCGCGGCGGCGUGAGGGGAGCGCGGCCCCGGCGGGGAAAGGGGAAAAAACCGCCCGGGCUGAGGGGAAAAAGGGACCGAUCUGCGGGGAGACAAUGACCCCGAGUAAGAGCCCAGACACCUCCCUGAUCGACCUGGCCGUGAGGAUGAGGAAGCAGGCUGAGACCAGGAAGGUGGUGCUGGCCUGGGGGCUCCUCAAUAUAUCUGUAGCAGGCAUGAUCUACACUGAAAUGACUGGGAAAAUCCUAAGCACGUAUUACAACAUCACCUGCUUUCCCCUCUGGUACAUUGAGUUUGCCCUGGCAGCCCUGUUCAGCCUCAACGCCCUGUUUGACUUCUGGAGGUACUUCACCUACACAGCAGCCCCAGCCAGCCUGGUGACGAGCCCCAGCCAGCAGCUCGUGGGCUGGCUGCGCAGGGCAGCUGUACAGGUCACCCCUCCCCGGGAGGCCAAGCGCGUGCUGUCCCUGCCUCCAUCGCCGCCCAGCCAGGGCCAGUGUGUGCUGAGCUACAGCCCCUCGCGCUCGCCCAGCGCCAGCCCCAAGUUCCCCGGGGGCUGCCUCGCUGGCUACAGCCCCCAGCUCCAGGCCCUGGCAGGAGCCAGCCCCUCCCACAGCACCUCUGCCACCUACUCACCCAGCAGCAGCUACACCAAGGUUUCCAGCUUCAGCCACUCUCCCAAUGGAUCUCCCUACUCCAUGGGUGUGGGGCCUGGGGACAGCGGUGGGAUCAGGUCUCACUAUCGAUUCUCCCCCAUCCUCUACAAUAAUUCCACCUACAAAGAUGACUGCAUCACAGAUGUCAAAUCCCUGGACACCUUCCUGAGGAACGAGGAGGAGAAGCAGCACCGAGUUCAGCUGGGAAGCUCAGACUCCAGCUCUCCCUCCAGCAGCCCAACGUUCUGGAACUACAGCCGCUCCAUGGCAGACCACGCUCAGAUCCUCAGGAAGUUCCAGUACCAGCUGGCCUGCAGGUCCCAGGCUCCUUCUGCACACAAGGAUGAAGCUGAUCUCACCUCCAAGCAGGCUGCAGAAGAGGUUUGGGCACGGGUGACGAUGAACCGGCAGCUCCUGGAUCACAUGGAUUCCUGGACAGCAAAAUUCAGGAAUUGGAUCAACGACACCAUUCUGGUGCCGCUGGUGGAGGAGAUGGAGUCUGUGAGCACCCAGCUGAGGAGGAUGGGCUGUCCAGAGCUGCAGAUUGGAGAAGCCAGCAUCAGCAGCCUGAAGCAGGCAGCCCUGGUGAAAGCCCCGCUCAUCCCCACCCUCAACGCCCUGGUGCAGUACCUGGACCUCACCCCGAACCAGGAGUACUUGGUGGAAAGGAUCAGAGAGCUCUCCCAGGGGGGCUGCAUGAGCUCCUUCCGCUGGAACGGAGGAGGGGACUUCAAGGGCAGGAAGUGGGACACGGACCUUCCCACCGACUCCUCGAUCCUGAUGCACGUGUUCUGCACGUACCUGGACUCCAGGCUCCCUCCUCACCCCAAGUACCCCGAUGGCAAAACCUUCACUUCCCAGCACUUCAUCCAGACUCCAGACAAACCAGACACUUCAAACGAAAACGUGUUCUGCAUCUACCAGAGCAGCAUCAACCCGCCCCACUACGAGCUGAUCUACGAGUGCCACGUCUACAGCCUGCCCAAGGGCAGGAACAACAUGUUCCACACCUUGCUGAUGUUCCUGUACAUCAUCAAGACCAAGGAAUCCGGGAUGCUGGGGCGUGUCAAUCUGGGUUUAUCAGGAGUCAACGUGCUGUGGAUCUUUGGGGAAUAACGGGACACAGCCUGGAGCACAGCACGGCCCUGAGGGCUGAACUCAAACAUGGACUUAAAUUAAAGCUCAGCUUUGGGACAGAGGGAGGAAGUGCCUGCAGUUCCCUGUGCAUUUUCUCAAGGAAUAUUUCACUGUGGGGAGGCUCCUGUGAGUGAACUCCAGGCAGGAGUUCUCCUUCCUGCUCCUCCCCUCAGCCAGCCCUGUUCAAACUGAGCCUCGCUGAUCUCAGCCCAAACCAAACCAAACCAAACCAAACCAGACUUCCCUUGGAGGUGCAGCUGGAGCAGCCUCCCCAAGGCUGUGCGAGCUCUCAGCACUUGGAGGGACAAAGCAGCUUGGACAGCUUCAGCAUCCAAGAAACGCCAAGUCUGGAAGCUCAGACUCAGUUUUGCUUCAUUUUAUUCUGCAUGAUAAAAACCAAUUAUUUUUAUCCCUGAUUAUUGGUGUAAUUGUGAUCUCUGACCCCUCAAGAUGUUCCUGCAGCUGAAGAGGAAAGACAAAACCAUGUUUGUCCUGCUGAGUUCAGCUAAUAACAAUUUUACUUAUAUUUUUAAUUUUUAUUUUUAUUAUUUUGUACAAUGAAGGUACCCCAGGUACCUUCACUGCCACCAGCUCUCACCUGCCUUGGUUUUGAAUUUAAUUUUCCUUCAGUUUUUUUCACUAAUUUGGGAGCUUUAUGCACCCUGGUGGGAAACCAGGCCCUGCACACCCACAGGUUUGUGGGAAUGUCCUUUUUUUUUUUGGUAAAAGCACUUGGAUUUGCUUCAAAGAAAGGAUCAAUCAAUAUUUGUGAAAUUUCUCCAAGGGGCAGGGGGAGGAUUUGUUGUAAAUUCUGGAAAAUGAGUGGUUUAGCAGUGUACAUAGGACCAUAACACAUGGAAUCAUUGUACUGUGUUUUUUACUGGGGGGAGGAAGAGGAACGUUUGGAACUUUGCUGGUUUUGGUGUGAACUGGCUGGUUUUGGUGACUCUGUGUCUCUCCCCCGGGGGACCUGGGUUUUUCCAAGGAACUGGUGACAAAGAGGCUCAUUUGGUUCUUGGAUUAAAUGAGUUUGUUUUAUCAAACA